CUCUAAAGUGAACUGAUUGUUGAAUGGUACUUCACCAAAGACAAAAUUACAAAAAAUAAACAAGGAAAUUCUGCCCUGUAAAGAAUGAAUGAGGGGGGACAGGGGCGAAAGACGCGCUACCUGGAAGCUGAUUGGUCACUUGACAGGCGCUGUUGAUUCAGGCGUGCGCCAGAAGAUAAGAUAAAGGCUCUAUAAAAUAGCAGAGAUGCUCAUCCAUCCCUCACUGUCAACGCCUCAAACACGACCUCUAGUACCUCCAUCUCCAACAGAGGAUUAACAAGGACAACUGGCAGGAUCCUCAUCCAGGUAUCACCUGUUCAGAUGUCUCAACUACUGUGCGCCCGCAGUGACCUGCGCACAUCCAUGGAUUCAAUGACGCUCAGAGAGGUUUCUGAUCCCAGCCCCGUGAACGCAGCUGGUGAGGACUGCUGUGAAAAACUGGCACGGAAUCCCCUGACUGUUUUCAGGAUGACAGACUUGUCCUUAAAGAAUGCAAAACACAUGGCCACGUGCACGAGGUCUGGGCAUCGCGGUAGGCGCAGAGCAAAGGCCAACGACAGAGAGCGCCACAGGAUGCACAACCUGAACUCCGCUCUGGAUGUGCUCAGGAGCAUCCUGCCGGCGAUGCCUGAAGACGCGAAGCUCACCAAGAUCGAAACUCUGCGCUUUGCACACAACUACAUCUGGGCUCUGAGCGCAAUAUUACGCAUGACAGACCAACGUGGACUGACGUCGGAAUACCCUCAGCUGAGAUCUGAUAUUAGCAGACCAUCAAGUGUUUCGUCUUCAGAGAGAGAUUUGACUUCACCAGUGGAGUCUGUCUCCUCCGCUGACUUUGAAAUAUCCGCUCAUGAAGUGAACUGUGAGAUUUCAGCGAGAGUUCAGUCCUGUGUUAUGCCUAUUACCUUUUAUUUCAAAUCAUUCCCUGCUUAAAAUACAAAAAGUUGGAUGACAAAUGAUUUAACAUAUCUAUAUUUUUAUUAAGGGAAGGGUUUUUGACUUAACACAAAUACCUGCCACAUGAACACUGCUGCCCUCUAAGGGUUAAACAUGAGCAGAUUGGUGCACUUACAGUUUCAGUCUCUAUAUUUAUUUUGUAAUUCAUUAUCAAAGAUGAAAUGUCAAAUAACACUUUUCAUUAUUUUUGUAACAGUACUGUUUAAAAAUGCUUUCCAAAGUUAUAAUUCAAUGCGUCGUAUUUUCAUUGCCUGUGAUGUGAUGCCAUGUUGCACUUAUUUCAGCAGAUAAAUGACAGCAUCAUUAAAACAUUGUGACACAAGGAUUUAGGUAAUUCUAUUUUUUUAAAUUAAAUUAUUUGGCAACCGUA